AUGUCGACACAGUCACCCGUACCUCCCGCACGUGAUUUCCUGGCACGCACCAGCUUUCCAGACCAAGGGCACGUCGACAAGCUGCAGAGCAGUGAGACAUCCCCGUCACUUUGGGCGCGGCGAGAGUUUGCUGUGAAUCUGCGUCCCCACGCUACGGCCGAAGCCCCGCGGGCAGACCUUUCCCAGCUGAGCGGGGUAGCACUGCGCCCCACCGGGCUCUCGACGCUGUGUGAGCAGAUCACCGGGCCUGUCACCACGGCGCCACUGAGCGGGUUCAAUCUGCCAGCCUUCCAGCUAGCAGCCAAGCACCUCUGGAAAUUUCUAGAAGCCCGAUGCUCGCUCCCUGCCAAGAGAACCACAGGCUCCGUGUUCUGUGCUACUGCUUCCCCUGGUGCGGGAGCGACGGUGUCACCUUCUUUCCUGCCCUUCCUGCCCUCUGAGCCUCGUCCCGGGCAGAUGCGGCCCUCUGGAUCUCCUGUGCUUGCCUGUGCCCGGGAGUGUGUACCCCCUGGUGAACCAAACUUCGUGUCCUCUUACGACAUCGGGAAUUUCACCUACUUCUUCUUCCGAGAAAACGCCGUGGAGCACGACUGUGGGAAAACGGUGUUCUCCCGUGCCGCCCGGGUCUGCAAGAAUGACUUGGGGGGGCGCUUCCUCCUGGAGGACACGUGGACCACGUUCAUGAAGGCACGCCUCAACUGCUCACGCCCCGGCGAGGUGCCCUUCCCCUACCACGAGCUGCAAAGCACCUUCUACCUGCCUGAGCUGGACCUUGUUUACGGCCUCUUCACCACCAACGUGAACAGCAUUGCUGCCUCGGCCGUGUGCAUCUUCAACCUGAGCGCCAUUGCACAGGCCUUCAACGGGCCCUUCCAGUACCAGGAGAACUCGCGUUCCGCAUGGCUGCCCCACCCUAACCCCAAUCCCAACUUCCAGUGUGGCACCGUGGACCAGGGCCUGUACGUGAACCUGACCGAGAGGAACCUGCAAGAUGCCCAGAAGUUCAUCCUGAUGCACGAGGUGGUGCAGCCUGUGACCCCGGUGCCCGCCUUCAUGGAGGACAACAGCCGCUUGUCCCACGUGGUCGUGGAUGUGGUGCAGGGCAGAGACCGGCUGUUCCACGUCAUGUACCUGGCCACAGAUCGCGGCACCAUCAAGAAGGUGCGGGCGCCCCUGGGUCCGGCCAUGGGCAGCUGCCUGCUGGAGGAGAUGGAGCUGGUCCCCGAGCGGCGCCCAGAGCCCGUGCGCAACCUGCAGAUCCUGCACAGCCAGAGCGUCCUGUUCGUGGGCCUGCACGAGCAUGUGGCCAAGGUCCCACUGAGGAAGUGCCACUUCCACCUGACACGCAGCGCCUGCCUCGGGGCCCAGGACCCGUAUUGCGGCUGGGACGUGACGAUGAAGAAGUGUACGAGCCUGGAGGACAGUCUGAGCAUGACCCAGUGGGAGCAGAGCGUGUCCGCGUGUCCCGUCAGAAACCUUACUGUGGAUGGGCAUUUCGGCCCCUGGUCCCCAUGGAUGCCCUGCACGCACACGGACGGCAGUGCCGUGGGCUCCUGCCUCUGCCGGACCCGCUCCUGUGACAGCCCGGCUCCCCAGUGCGGCGGCUGGCCCUGCACGGGCCCCAGCGUGGAAAUUGUCAACUGCUCCAGGAACGGAGGCUGGACCCCAUACUGCAACGAACAUUUGCUGUGCCCCCCACACAUGUUCUGGACAGGCUGGGGUCCCUGGGAACGGUGCACGGCCCAGUGUGGGGGUGGCAUUCAAGCUCGCCGCAGGACCUGCGAGAAUGGGCCAGAUUGCGCAGGCUGCAAUGUGGAGUACCAGCCCUGCAACACCAGCCCCUGCCCUGAGCUGAAGAAGACGACACCGUGGACACCUUGGACGCCUGUCAACAUCUCCGACAAUGGCGGCCACUAUGAGCAGCGGUUCCGGUACACCUGCAAAGCCCGCCUGCCCGACCCGAACCUGCUGGACGUGGGCCGGCAGAGAAUCGAGAUGCGGUACUGCUCCAGUGAUGGGACCAGCAGCUGCCUCACAGAUGGCCUCUCUGGAGACUUCCUGCGUGCGGGAAGGUACUCUGCGCACACGGUCAACGGGGCCUGGUCGGCCUGGACGUCCUGGUCCCAGUGCAGCCGCGACUGCAGCCGCGGCAUCCGGAACCGGAAGCGGGUGUGCAACAACCCCGAGCCCAAGUAUGGGGGGCUGCCGUGCCUGGGCCCUGCCCUGGAGUACCAGGAGUGCAACAUCCUGCCCUGCCCAGAGAGCUGGUCGGAGUGGUCGGACUGGUCCCAGUGCGAUGCGUCCGGAGCCCAGGCCCGCACCCGCCAGUGUGUCCUUCUGUUCCCCGUGGGCAGCCAGUGUUCCGGAAACACCACGGAAAGCCGGCCAUGUGCUUUCGUGUCUAACUUCAUCCCAGAGGUGUCUGUGGCCAGGUCCCGGAGCGUGGAGGAGAAGAGGUGUGGAGAGUUCAACGUGUUCCACAUGAUGGCUGUGGGGCUGAGCAGCUCCAUCCUCGGCUGCCUGCUCACCCUGCUCGUCUACACCUACUGCCAGCGCUACCAGCAGCAGUCCCACGACGCUACUGUCAUCCACCCUGUCUCGCCUGCCCCUCUCAACACCAGCAUCACCAACCACAUCAACAAGUUGGACAAGUACGACUCCAUGGAAGCCAUUAAGGCAUUUAACAAAAACAACUUGAUCCUAGAGGAAAGGAACAAAUACUUCAACCCACACCUCACCGGAAAGACCUAUUCUAAUGCCUACUUUACAGAUCUCAAUAAUUACGAUGAGUACUAA